AUGGCCACCACUGCUGAGGAGAGCUCUCCCGUCCUGGCCAAGGCAGCACCACAGCAGCCUGACUUUGAACCUAGCUUAGAACCCAGCUCAGCACCAAAACCUAAGCUCGGCAAGACCCAGACACAGCCCGAAAUCCUGUCCCUGCAUGACAGAGAGGAAGAAGAGGAUGAGGAAGAUGAGGAAGGAGGAGGAGGAAGUUCAGGACAGGGGCAGGACAAUGCAAGAGAACAGAGUUCAGACCCAGAAUGGGUGGAGGAGCGGUUUCGUAUCGAUAGGAAGAAGCUGGAGACAAUGCUGUAUGCUCCAAAGCAAGGGGAUGGUUUGACAGGCGAGGAGUUCUUCGAGAAAGUGAUGAAAGAGACUGACACUCAGGUGAAAUGGCCAUCCAAACUGAAGAUUGGAGCCAAAUCAAAGAAAGACCCUCAUGUGAAGGUGGAGGGGAAGAGAGCCAACGUAUUGGAUGCCAAAAAGAGGAUUUUAGCAGUGCUAGAAACCAAGGUCAACAAGGUAACACUAAAGAUGGAUGUGGCUCACACUGAACACUCCCAUGUAAUCGGGAAAGGUGGUGGGAACAUCAAAAAGGUGAUGGAGGUCACAUCCUGUCACAUCCACUUUCCUGACUCCAACCGCCACAGCGCCACAGGGGAGAAAAGCAACCAGGUCUCCAUCGCUGGGCCUAUCGAAGGAGUAGAGGCGGCGAGGAGGAAGAUAAGAGACCUGCAGCCUCUGGCUUUGACCUUUGACCUUCCAGUCAGCCUGGUGCCCCAGGCUCUUCCAGAUGCAGGCUCUCCGCUCAUCCAGCAAGUCAUUCAGGCUUUAGGGGUCAGUGUGAGCUUCAGGACUGUGCCAGCCCAGAAUCAUAGCCAGCCCCACCUCUACAGUAGCUGCUGCACUGUCCGUGGCCUACAGGGCAAUGCUGCCGCUGUUAAGAAGGCUGUGUGCAUCUUCAUGGACCUCCUGCUCGGGUCAGAGGUGGGGAACCAGGUCACGGCUGCCAUUGUGAACACCCAGCUGGAUGUUACCUCCCAGCAGCAUCUCUUUUUGUUGGGGCAGAAUGGUGCCCACUUCCUGGGCGUCAUGCACCAGACCCAGACCCAGAUCAUCCUGCCAGAUCUCAGCGCUCCACAGAAUCCUCCAUCCCUGCUCAUCCAAGGCACCCCGGAUGGAGUGUGCCUGGCCAGGCAGCAGCUCAUGGAAUGCCUACCCGUGUGCUUGAUGUUUGACAUGCGUGAGGAUGGGGAGGUGGAACCUCGUAAACUGGCUCAAAUGAUGCAAAAUUUGGGAGUUUUCAUUACUGUCAAGCCUAAAGUCAAACAAACUGCCAAGUCAGUGAUUGUGAAGGGUCUGGAGAAGAACAUUGCCAGUCUGUAUGAGGCCCGACGCGUACUCCUGGGAUUGGAGUCCAGUGAGGUUGCUAUGGUAACAAAGAUGACCCCUGACCCUGUGCUGGCUAGCAGUGGUCUGGCCCACCACUGGCUCAACAUGUUACUGCAGCAGCUCCGUCUCUCUGAGCAGAGCCCUCGGCCUGUUUCCAGUGCUGAGCUGGCAGUCGGUUCUCACUGUCAGACCAAGCCUCGUCCAUCUCCUCCACCAGGUCUCACCCCUCCUGCUGAGGAAGGAAGGACAGGGCUGAAGGGGACAGACAGCCGGCCACUGGAGAAGAUUCUAGAAAACGAGGACCAGUCGGGCCAAUCAGAUGACGAGAGCCCUGGGCCCAAAGUACUAACAUUAUCAGAAGUGUGUGAGCCGGUGAACAGCAGCAGCAGAGUGGUACUGACUGGCCGGAGGGGGAGUCUGCAAGGUCCUGAACCCGGCAGGCUCUUUAAUCAGAGAAGAAGACACUCUACAGGGCAGGCCUUAACACUUAGGCUGCUGAAUGGAGAGAUGGAGAGCGGGUGGGUUGAGAGGAGGAACAGCCUGAGAAAAGAGGUGAUGCUGGCUCAGGAUGUCCACUCUAAUUCACCCAAGGCAGAGGAUUAUGACUAUGAGAAGAAAAAGCUGCUGGCAACCAAAGCCAUGCAGAGGAAGCCUGUGAUGACAGAAGUUCGGACGCCCACAGACACAUGGAGCGGCCUGGGCUUCUCCAAGUCCAUGCCAGCAGAGGCUGUCAAAGAGCUCCGCAAUGUCAGCCGACGGAGCUAUAAACCCUACCUGGGCUCCAGCACCAGUCAACAACAGUUGUGGGCUAAUCAGGCUGGGAAGGACAGAGUGUGUAACGGGAGUGACUCGGACAACUGGAGGGACAGACGCAGCUCUGCAUCUUCAGCUUCACAUGUCCCACCCACCUCUUUCUCGCCCUACUCAUCCUCACCGCCUUCCAGCUUCCCAUCAUCCUUCUCCUCCGCGCCCCCUUGCUUCCCCGGAUUCGCACCCUCAGCAAACAGAGGCGGAAAUGACAAAUCUUUGGAGAGCUUCCUGAGUGGCAGUAUUUACUCUGAGGGUGCAUCCUCAUCCAGGAGGCCGUCGACCUGCAGCCAGCGGAGCCUCUCCCCUGAAAUCACAGACAACCUGCCUGAGCUGCUCACCCAGCUGGGUCUGGGGAAAUACAUCGAUGUGUUCGAAGAACAAGAGAUUGACUACCAGACGUUCCUAACUCUGUCUGACGAGGAUCUGAAAGAAGUGGGUGUCACCACCUUUGGGGCCAGACGCAAAAUGUUACUGGCAAUCUCAGACCUGAACAAGAGCAAAAGGAGAUUGUCAGACACACCUGCUGUGAAGCCUGGCUACCUGAAAGGGGGUGCUAGUGGUAGACUUCCACAAAUCAUGGAUGUAGACGUGGCUGCACAGAGCACCCGUUGGUGA